CUGACACGGUCGCUGGAAACUUUGUAUCACUUUUUAUGUUUUGGCUGUGAUUAUUGCUCGAUAAUGUCGUGUCCUGUGGAAGAGCGAGUGUCCCUGAGAUUUUGUUGAUAACGAGGGGGAAACCGGAGCGGGGAUGGCUGUCGCAGUUGCUCGCUGCCCGGCUGCUGUGCCGCGGCUCCGUGGUCACUUUGUACCAACACUGAAUGGAGUUUCUGCUCUCGGACACUGCGUACUGGCCUACCCCCAAUAACUCCACAGGAGAGACUGUUUGACGAUGAUGCUGCAGCUAUAAGAAGAGAAUUUACGUGUCUGGAUCGACUUUUUCGGUCACCACCAUGUCUGACCAAAAUUACUACUGGACCGUGUUGCCGAGCUACAAAACUAGUUUUGUGACUGGGGCCAUGAUGAAAAGAUCUAAAAGUUCCCGUAACAACAAGAGACGGAGCCUGGCAGUCGGUACUCCUUCGCCCACACUCUCACGACCACUCUCACCCCUCCCGCUUUCCACAGCUGGAAGCAGCCCAUCAGAAAGCCCCAGAAAUGUCUCUGCCAGCACCUCUGCCAACUUCCAGUUUGCCCGCAGCCAACUGGCUCGUACUGAAAGAGCGGAUGGACGAAGGUGGUCAGUGGCCUCUGUUCCCUCCUCCGGCUACUGCACCAACCCACCCAGUUCAUCGGUUUCUUCCUCCUCUUCCCAGGAGUUGUUGCACCAGUUGCCCCUCCAGCCCACGCAAGAUGACCUCCACUUCCUGUUCAAACACUUCCGGAGCACCGAGAGCAUGGCGGACGAAGAGGGAGCGCAGCCCUCGCCCCCCGUCAGGCUCCGCUCACGCAGCCUCAGCCCUGGGCGGACCUGUGGAACAUUUGACAAUGAGAUUGUCAUGAUGAAUCACGUUUACAAAGAACGCUUCCCCAAGGCGACAGCUCAGAUGGAGGGUCGCCUGCUGGACAUCAUUGCAGAGUGUUCUCCAGGCAGUGCCCUGCCCCUGGCUGACGGCGUGCUGGGCUUCAUUCAGCACCAGUUGGUUGAGCUUGCUAGAGACUGCCUGGACAAGUCCCAGAAAGCCCUCGUCACCUCCAGGUACUUCGUGGAGCUGCAGGAGAAACUGGAGAAGCUGCUGCAUGAGGCGUAUGAGCGUUCAGAGAGCGAGGAGGUCACUGUCAUCAUCAAACUGGUGAAGAAGAUCCUCAUCAUCAUCUCCAGGCCUGCCCGUCUCCUGGAGUGUCUGGAGUUUGAUCCUGAGGAGUUUUAUCACCGUUUGGAAGCAGCGGAGGGCCAGGCCAAGGUGGGCCAUGGCAUCAAGACAGAUUUACCCAGAUACAUCAUCAGCCAGCUCGGGCUCACCAGAGACCCCCUGGAAGAAAUGGUCCAUCUGGAGCAGACGAGCCCCGGGCAUGGAGCAGCCAGCAGAGAGCCUGACGACACUGGAGAGAGCCGAGCAGCCUGCACCCCUCCUCGCAGGAAACCACUGGAGAGUGACUUUGAGACCAUCAAGCUCAUUAGCAAUGGCGCCUAUGGGGCUGUAUUCCUGGUACGCCACAAGGAGACCCGCCAACGCUUUGCCAUGAAGAAAAUCAACCGGCAGAACUUGAUGCUGAGGAACCAGAUCCAGCAGGUGUUUGUUGAGCGAGACAUCCUAACUUUUGCUGAAAACCCCUUCGUGGUCUCCAUGUUCUGCUCUUUUGAGACCAGGAGGCACCUCUGCAUGGUCAUGGAAUAUGUGGAAGGUGGUGAUUGUGCCAACCUGUUGAAGAACAUUGGUCCUCUGCCUGUGGACAUGACCCGGUUGUACUUUGCUGAGACCGUCCUGGCUUUAGAGUACCUUCACAACUACGGGAUUGUGCACAGAGACCUCAAACCUGACAAUUUGUUAAUCACCUCCAUGGGCCACAUUAAGCUGACAGACUUUGGCUUGUCAAAGAUUGGACUAAUGAACAUGACUACCAACUUGUAUGAAGGACACAUUGAGAAAGAUACCAGAGAGUUUAUUGAUAAACAGGUGUGUGGCACUCCAGAGUACAUUGCACCAGAGGUCAUCUUGAGGCAGGGCUAUGGGAAGCCUGUGGACUGGUGGGCCAUGGGCAUCAUCCUUUACGAGUUCCUGGUGGGCUGUGUGCCCUUCUUUGGAGACACACCAGAGCAGCUCUUUGGACAGGUUGUCAAUGAUGAGAUCAUCUGGCCCGAGGGGGAGGAUGCCCUGCCAGCUGAUGCCCAGGACCUGAUAACCCGACUGCUGAGACAGAGCCCUCUGGAACGCCUGGGAACAGGGGGAACCACUGAGGUGAAGAUGCACAUGUUCUUCCUUGGUCUGGACUGGAAUGGCCUCCUAAGGCAGAAAGCUGAAUUUAUACCUCAACUAGAGACUGAGGAUGACACCAGUUACUUUGACACCCGGUCGGACCGCUACUGCCACCUGGGCUCAGAUGAGGAUGAUGAAACCAACGAUGAUGAAUCAUCUCUGGAGCUCCGACAGUUCUCGUCUGUUGCCCAUCGCUUCAGCAAGGUGUACAGCAGCACGGAGCACCUGUCCACCUCCACGCCGUCCAACCAGAGCCUGUCGUCAUCAGAGCGAAGCCACAGUGAGGAGAAGGAGGAGCGAUGGGAGGGCAGAGGAGUCCUUUCCCCGGGAGACGGACACAAACACUUGGCUGGUGGAGACAGGAGAGCAGAUGGACACAGGGGGAGUCUGCGUCCUCGUGCUUCCUCCAGUUCCUCCCAGUCAGAGCGCAGUGCCAGUCCUCUGGUGAUGAAUAGCACGCAGAGUCUUGACACUAUGCCUCGCUUCGCCAUCUCCGCAGAGGAGGAGGAUGGGAUGGUGUCCAAUCUACGGCGCAUCCGUCUCCGGAGCAACAGCACAGGCACCAGGCCGUCCUACCGGAGAGGGGCGUCCCGACGCAUUGCCCACCAGCUGGAGACGCCGGAGAAACCCCGGCCCCCCACUGGCUGUAAAGUCCCCAAGUCUGCCUCCGUCUCUGGGCUGUCUCUCAUCAUCACCCCUGAUGACUCAGCAGGUCCUCCAACAAGCCCCAAGUCGUCCUUGUCCCUGUCCUCCAACCCCUCAUCCAGGGACUCAUCUCCCAGCCGGGACCUCUCCCUCAGCAUCAGCUGCCUCCGGCCCCCUGUGGUCAUCCACAGCUCUGGGAAGAGGUUCGGCUUCGCUCUGCGAGCGAUCAGAGUCUACAUGGGAGACAGUGACGUCUACACUGUUCACCACAUGGUCUGGUGUGUUGAGGAGGGCAGUCCCGCACAUGAGGCAGGGCUGAGGGCUGGUGACCUCAUCACUCAUGUGAACGGGGAGUCUGUCCAGGGGCUGGUCCACACUGAGGUGGUGGAGCUCCUGCUCAAGAGUGGCAACAGGGUGACCCUGCAGACUACUGCACUGGAGAACACCUCGAUCAAGGUGGGCCCUGCCAGAAAGACCAGCUACAAGGCCAAGAUGGCCCGGCGCAGCAAGAAGAGCAAGAAGAAGGAUGGGCAGGACAGCAGGCGGCGCAGCAUCUUGAAAAAGCUGUCGAAACACACGCCUCCGCCCCCCAUGCAGAGCAGCCGCAGCUUCUCUUCAGGCUUCCACCAGUCGUCCAGCGACAGCCUCUCUGGCUCGCCCACGCAGAGUCUCUCUCCUGGUCCUUCCACGCCCUGCCGCUCCCCUGCCCCUGACCACUCUGGAGAUUCGAGCUCCUCUCCUUGCUCCAGCUCUCCCAACUCCCCCGUGCCACAGGCACGUCCCAGUUCCCUCCAUGUCUUGGGUCGCUACACCAAGGCCGGGCGCUGCAAGUCCACCAGCAGUAUUCCCCCAUCCCCACUGGCGUGCAUCCCCCCUCCCCAGCCUCUCUCUCCCCAGUGUUCUCCGUCAUGUCUUCCCAGCCACCCCAAGUCUCUACAGGGUUUCCACGGAAAGACCCUGUCCCCUCCCACAAUCGCCCGCCAUUCUGUGCGCCCCCGGAGUGCGGAGCCGCCACGCUCACCGCUCCUCAAGAGGGUGCAGUCGGCAGAGAAGCUGACAGGAGAUAAACUCACAGGUGGUUACCAUGGAGACAAGAAGGCCUACACCACCCGCCGGCACACCAUGGAAGUGCCUCUCUCUGAGGGAGAGGGCCUAGAGGAUAUGGAGGGGGACACCGCCACUGGGUUUGUCUGUGUUGGGGAGCAUGGCCGUCAGGGGCUGUACAUAGGAGGGCAGAGAUGCCACAGAGACGCAGCUGGCGCUGGUAAUGAUCACCACCGUGCCACCGCCUCGCCACAACACCGCAGCAGCAACCGCCACUCCAAGGAAGUAGUGGUGAUGAGGAAGCUGGCCCUGUCAGAGCGGCGGGACUCGUUCAAGAAGCAGGAGGCUGUGCAGGAAGUGAGCUUCGAUGACUUGGAGGAGAAAGAGGCGACACCGAGCCCCACGCUCCCCGUCAGGCAGCCCAAGGCAUUCAAGGCGUCCUGGAUCAACUCGGCCCAGUUGGAACCCAGUCUGGAGCCAGAAGGAAAAGGAUCACAGGGUUCAACACAGCAGAAAGCCAAGCCAAAAGAGAAAGAAGGGUUUUAGGUUCUUCGCUUUGGCAGGGAUAAUAGGUCAGCGAAGAGUCUCGCUCAGGAAAGAGACUCCAAACUGAAGAUGACGUCUUUGACCUGCUACUGUAUUUAAAUCUGAAAGCCUUGCAUGUGUGCCCAGAAAACUGUGACCAAGCUCCAAAUCAUCACAUGCAACUGCUAGAAGAACAAAAGAGUAAAAUACAUAGAUGUGUUUUUCAGUAACAUAUGCAUCCUUCCACACUGUUAACAGAAUAAUGACUGUCAAACUAUGUUUACUUCCCAGUUGCUUGCCCUCUCUCUUGGUUUUCAAAUCACUGUGUAACUGAUGUAUUUUGUAAAUAUUUUGUUUCAAAUGAAGAAACUUAUUUAUGACUUUUUUUUUUAAUGCUCCUCUUAUUUGUUUUUGCGGUUGCUGAAAAUGCCUUGAUGCUUCAGCUACUCCUUUUUUUUUUCCAGAAAUUGCACAAACUGUACUCAGCCACUCCGUUGCAUUAGCAGUCAGAAACCCUGAGAACAGCCUCCCUCCGCAGACAACAGGAGGUGAUGUGUUUGUAUCAUACCCUGCUUCAUCACUGUGUAGGGAACGCCGCUCAGGGACUGGCUGCUGUUUUGUGUUUAAAUCGGGCCUUCAAGCAGAAUUGCGAUGUUUAUUCUCCGAUAUGUACUGUAUUAUAGAGUUUCGGACAAUAUUCUGUGCUGCCUCUCACAAGAAAUAUGAUAUAGAUUGUGGUGGUGACCAUUUGUACUCAUAGUCAUUCUGAUUCCGAACACAGGCCUUGUAUGAAACCUGAAAUGGACAAAAAUAACAAAAUUACAAUACUUGGAAAACUAGCUGUGUUGCCAAAGCGCGGUUUAACCAUAGGAACCAUUUAAAAGAGGUACUGUAGUUGCAUGCAUGGCCACUACCGCCACAUGCUGUCUAACAUGUAGAAAAUAGUGUCAGUGUUGACUCUCAUUGGACCUCCUUCUGUCGGUGGUCCAAAUCGUAAUGUGAUCAACAUUGCACAUGCAGGUGUGUAGAUAAAGCUUUGUGACUACCUUUUGAAACAAGACUGUUGUCUCUGUCCUGUAAUACCCCCUAUAUCACCGUCUACCUGCUUGUUGAAUCAAGCCUCCUUCCCUAACCCCCACAAAUCUAAUCUAGCCGAAGUGUUUGCACAAGUCGUAGUAGCCGUUAUAACAGUUAGAGCACAUUUAUAUUUCAGGACGAUCUCUUUCUCUGCGGGAUUCAAAAAUUGUAUAGUGUAUGCAGAAAACAAACUGGCUCCCUUGGCUGUUUUUUUUUUAACAUGUAAUAUGAAUGAGUGUUUACAUUUUAGUGCAAAUAUGUGUACAUGCGUGGAUUUGUCAUGGUUUUUGUUAAAUUAUUUUAUAAAAAAUGAAUAGCAGGAUUCCACCAGAAGCCCUGAUGAGCGAAUGAAGGAAUGAGUAGAGAUGGUCUCUUUUUUGUAUAUUUUGAUAUGGAAACAGUCUUGUUGCAGUACUCAUAACCUAUGCUGUUGAUGUAUAUUGUAUAAACAAUGGUGGACCUUAUAACAGCUGUUGGUGGUGUUUUUAAAAGUGACCUUGUAAGGGUAGAUGAGCUUGAAGAUGGACUCGUAGAUAUAACGUGGAGUGUCACUUACGUGGCGUGAUCUUAAUCUCCUGUUGUGAUUUCAGCCUCAAAGGAAUGUGCAUGUUCCACAUCUCGGUAUAAUAUUCCCACAAUGUCGUAACCUAUUUUGAGAUUUUUUUUUUUAAGUUGUUGGAAGUUAUUAACAUCUUUGGAAAGGUUUUAAAGUCUUGGGUUUGAUGUUUAAUAACCAAUUCAGGCUUUAAGAUGAGAGUUUUGGCAGGAGAUGUAGGGCUUGGUUUUCAACUGUGUAUUUUUGAAUUUUUUCUCUCCUUUGGAGCCACCUUUUUUCAUUUUAUUUGGGUCAACAACCAAAAAUGCUUCCACUCUGCUAUUUUGAAUUAAUUGUUCCAUAGAACAAAAUGUCUUGUGUGGUAGUAUAAAAAGUAAAUGUUUCAGUAUUUCGCAGGGUUAAGGGAACUGACGGUGUGAGAAUAUAGAAAGGCAGUUUAGCACAUACUAACACUUGAACAGUGGUAAUUUUAUGGAUAGUAGGAGUUAGAAUUAGAAGUUAGAAACUUCUUGUUCAUCUCACUUUGAGGAGGAGGUAAGACCAAUGUAUUUAUAAGGGAUUUAUCACUGGAUUUUCUGAUGCAAUAUACAUACACAAUGUUAUACUCUUUGGAUUUGGAAUUUUUAUUCCACACCACUUAUCUUCCAGUUGUCAUAGUGUUCUUGGACCUUUUACACUGAGGUGCACCAUGUUAUACUUUUUUUGUUUUGUUUUGUUUUAGAAUGAAGAAUGUGCAUUUUGCGACACAAUAAAUAAAGGAGAAGUCCAUACCAGGCCAGCCUGGCAUCAUGCGCUAAUAGGAAACAUGACAAAGAACUGAUCUUACCACAGUUUUGCCAGUGUGUGAUAAGGGCAACAUCUUCACACAGGUGCUUGUCAUUCUUCAUGUUUUCAUACUUGUUUCUGUGUGCGUGUGUGUUAAAAUUGUUGCUCCCUACCCUUCACCCCCAGAUGACAUAACUGGUCUUUGUGAAUUUCGGUGCAGACUGGUGUGACAUUGUCAGUUUUUCUAUUGUCUUAACAGUGCUUGAAAUAAAGGAAUUGCAGAGGACUACAAAGUCCAAGACUA